CCAGUUUCCAGUCGAUUCGGAUUACCUUACUUUAUCUCCCAAAUCUUCUUGGCCAGUACUACCGAGACAUCCGAGCUUAUCUGACUACUCCUAUUCCUUGAUACUGACCACUCCUAUCCGUUAUCAGCUAUCAGUCUUUCGUCAUUUAUCUUGGCUUUCGCUUCCCUAGGGCUGUCCUUUCAAUCCCUAUUUUACAUCCUAGGCAGUUUUCUUUUUUACAUUUCUUACAUUUUUUUCGAGCUGCUCCCCUACCCUGGCUAAAAGGGGCAUCCGUUGAGCAUCAGCUGAACAUCUCGGAUUAACCGGAUCGGCACAAGACAUAUUCCACAAAAGACACCAACAAGAAAACACCUGCUCUGAGGUCCAACUCCAGCCCCAAAACUGCCAUGUCUGCGGAGACCCAGGCCAGGCGAUGCCCGCAACUCCCUUUCGAGCUUUGGACACGCAUCAUCUCCUGUUUGACGAGAGACACGCACUACACCGCCCGCACAUGGUUCAACUUCCGGCAAGUCUCGCACAUGCUCAAGGCCGCAACCGAAGAGGCCUUCCUCACGACUCAUCUCAAGAAGACAUGUAUUCAUUAUAAUCUCGGUAUGGAGCUUGACAAGGACAAGAUGAAAUGUUAUAUGUCCCUUGACCUGGCAUUUAUUAAGCUCUCGGACGACCGUUCACGUGCGAUCUUCGGAGACGAACAUCCUGAAAGUGUGCCGAACCAGAAAAGACGUGGCAUCUACAAAGUGAUGCAGCGGCAUUGGGAAAAUGGAAUGGACAUGUAUCUGGGCACAAGCAGCGGCGAACGGAGAUUUGACCUGCCGCCCCAUACCAUCCUCCUACGCCGUUUCGCCAACGAUACCGACUUGCCUGGCUUGGAGAUCGACUAUGCUAAACGCGCGAUUUCCUUUGAGUGGAAAGGCAUGUUCAACGCCCUUUUUAGCGAAGAGCUAUACGUUCAGAGGCUGCUCAAGAAGAACCUCAGAUUCGAAAAGGCCAGGGCCUCAAACUUCGGUGACCUCAUCAAGUCCGGGGAAAUGGAACUUGAGGAUGCCUUCAUGGCUAUCUCAGACAGGAGCGUGGCGACCCAGGCCAAGGCUCGGAAAAGAGCCCGCCGAGAGCGAGCUCGUCGCUGGUACAAGAAACACGAGGGUUAUGAUCUGCCCAAAGGCUGGUUCGAAAUGGACUAUGAUGAGCGCGAAAAGCUGAAGGAUUUGACACAUGCGCGAACUGCCUUGGAUUGGGAAGACAUUGAUGAUGAGGAGAUGUUUGAACGCAUUCAGAGUGAUGAUGAGAUUUCCGAAGGUGGAUCCGAAGACGAAUUGGAAGAUGACUCCGACUAUGAUGACAACGACCAUGAUCUCAGCAGCGACGACGGCGAGUACGAGAGGAUGUUUCAAGAUUUCAUAAGGGGCGAAGGAGAUUAAGGGC